AUGGAUAUGGACAUUGAAGAUGAAGUAGUUCGUCUAUUUAGCAAAUCAGGACUAUCUGAAGCUGCUGAUUUAUUAAAGGGUAUGCUUAUCACAUCAUGUGACCCAUAUGUUCAAAAUAUCAUUAAAACAUUCAAAUUGAAUGCAUUGGUUGUACAUGAUGAAUGGGAGUUGUUUUGUGUCAACAAUAGAGUCAGUUCUGAUCAUGCAACCUAUCUUGACAAGUUUAAGAUUGCUGUCAAAAAGAAUGUUAAUGAAUUGAAAAAGAGAUUGGGUAAUACUAAAACUAUUACUCAUCAAUAUCAUAACAAACCAACGUUAAUGUUUAAAUUCCUCUUCUCUCAUAGAGACCAAACCUUACAAAACAAAAUAGACAAACAAGAUGAACAAGAAUUUGAUGAAAUCUUUGAUUUUAGUGAUGUACCUACUGUUGAGAUGGUUCCUCUACCUAAUAACAACAAUAAUAACAAUAAUAACAGUACAGAUAAUAAUACAGAUAAUUAUAUAGAUGAUGAAUUUGAAAUGGAUUUAACAGAAGAUAAUAAUAAUAAUACAUUUAAUGGAAUAUCAUCUGGAUUAUCAAGUCAUGAUAAACAACAAUCUCAAAGAGCUAUUCGAUUUGCACAAACCAAGGUUCCAUCAUUCCGAUUUGACAAGAGACAAGGAGCCGACGAGAUUGUACAAGAAUACGUUGGAGAGCGGUUAAAGAGCAAGGAUAUAGCUCCACAACAAAAAAUGAUACCAAAAAUAAUUGAAAUGGUGCCUCCAUCCAAAGACAGUGGCAACGUAGAUAAUACUCCAUACCCAACCAAAUACAUGUCACAGACACUAGAAGGCAGAACAAAGGCACUUGGUGACAGCGUUCUAAAGUACUAUGACCAAUUCCAAGUCGAAUUUGAUCCAGUUGCAAAUGCAGACCCAUCAAAUGAAAUUCAACGUGCUGUUGGUCGUAUUUGGUUAUACAAGACUGGUCUGUCAUUGACCUCUCAAUUCAAGUUACUUGGUAAUAAUCAAAGUUCUGUAAACACCUUUUCCAUUCCAAAUCCAAAUGAACCAAUCUUUUCCGGUCAAGUCGUCAUGGUUGAAGGUAAAAGAAUACCAGGUCAACAUUUUGGUUGUUCAAAGAUUUAUUAUCCAAAACAAUUAGAAUUUUUAAAUUCAAAUCAGAGAAGUAAAAAAGAUUCCAGUUGUUAUAUCAUUGUUGCAUCUGGACCAUUUAGUGAAUAUGAAAAUACUCUAUAUCAUCCAUUCAAGGAAUUAUGUAAAGUAAUUGAAAAUAAGAGACCAAAUAUUGUUAUUUUGAAUGGACCAUUUAUAGAUGAAUCAAAUCAAAAUAAUCAAUUUUUGGAUAAAUCAUUUGAAGAAUUUUUCUAUGAAGAUAUUAUUCAACCUUUGGAAUCCAUUACAUCAACUCAAUUCAUUAUUUGUCCAUCUCUAAGAGAUGUUCAACAUGAUUAUGUAUAUCCACAACCACCAUUUAAAUCUAGAUCUAAAAAUACUAGUAGUAAUAUACAUUUUGUUACAAAUCCAUCGACCUUGUUGAUUGACAAUUCAUUUACCAUUGGUCUUAGUAAUACUAAUAUCAUUCAACAAUUAGAGUUGAGAUUAGAUAAUGGUAAAAACGAUAUAAAGACAACUGGAACUCCACUUAUUUGUGAAAAGAUUAUUCAACAACAAUGUUAUUAUCCUUUACAUCCAGCAGAAGUACCAAUAGAAACACAAUUUAUCGAUUCAAUUAAAUUCCCAUCAAUCACACCCGAUAUUUUAAUAUUUGGAAAAGUUGAUAAACCAUUUAUUGCUAAUUCAAAUGAAGUACUGUGUAUUGGUUCAGGUCAAUUAAUGAAUCAUAGUGGAAAGACAGGAACUUAUACCGAAUUGAUUGUUGCACCUGGUGAUGAAAUCAUUGUCCAUAGAUCAAAAGUAAUCACAAGAAUAAUUUAA